AUGCAGCAAAUGCUGCGCAGCUCCGAUCGCAGCAGCAGCCGCAGCAAUGCACUGAAGGAGGACUGCGUGUAUGUGCUGCUGCUGCUGCUGCUGCUGCUGCUGCUGCUGCUGUUGAGUGUGCAGCAGCAGCAGCAGGAGUGGCAGCUGUCUUUGCUGCUGUAUCUUCCUGCGCAGCAGGACUACCACCACCACCACCACCACCAGCAGCAGCAGCAGCAGGAGCAGCAGCAGCAGCAGCAGGGGGGGGCCUCCCCUUGCAGCAAGCAAGACAAGAACAACCACAAGACAAAGCCUGCUCGUCACGCAGCUGUACAUACACCCCAACCAGCAGCAGCAGCAGCAGCAGCAGCAGCAGCAGUAGCAGCAGCGGCAGCAGCAGCAGCGGCAGCAGCAGCAGCAGCGGCAGCAGCGGCAGCAGCAGCAGCGGCAGCAGCAGCGGCGGCAGCAGGAGACAGAGAAAAGGAGAUACACAAAAAAGAAGACAACGAGACAGACACAGGAUGCGACAGAUGGAGACAAGAGGAGACAGAAGAGGAGACAGAGGGGGAGAGAGAAGGAGACAGAGGGGGAGAGAGGAGACAGAAGGAGACAGAAGAAAACAGAAGGAGACAGGAGGAGAGAGAAGAAGAGACAGAAGGAGACAGAAGGUGGAGACAGAAGGAGACAGAAGGAGACAGAAGAAGAGACAGAAGAAGGAGACAGAAGAAGAGACAGAAAAGGAGACAGAAGAAGAGACAGAAGAAGGAGACAAAAGGAGACAAAAGGAGACAAAAGGAGACAGAAGAGGAGACAAAAGGAGACAGAAGAGGAGAAAAAAAGGAGACAGAAGAAGGAGACAGAAGAAGAGACAGAAGAAGGAGACAAAAGGAGACAAAAGGAGACAGAAGAGGAGAAGAAAGGAGACAGAAGAGGAGAAGAAAGGAGACAGUGCAUGUCACGCAGCUGUACAUACACCCCAACCAGCAGCAGCAGCAGCAGCAGCAGCAGCAGCAGCAGCAGCAGCAGCAUCAGCAGCGGCAGCAGCAGCAGCGGCAGCAGCGGCAGCAGGAGACAGAGAAAAGGAGACACACGAUAAGAGCCAGAAAAAAGAAGACACGGGGGCAGACACAGGAGGAGACAGAUGGAGACAGAAGAGGAGACAGAAGAGGAGACAGCAGAGGAGACAGAAGGAAACAGAAGGAGACAGGAGACAGAAGAGGAGACAGAAGGGAACAAGAGAAAAAAGGAGACAGAAGGGGGGACCGAAGGAGACAGAAGGAGGCAGAAGAGGAGACAGAAGGAGACAGAAAAAGAGAGAGAGGGAGACAGAAGGAGACAGAAGAGGAGACAGAAGAAGGAGACAGGAGAAAAAAGGAGACAGUGUAUGUGUACUCUAUGAGUUGUUUUCUGGCUUCUAGCUGCUGCAGUAUAUGUUCCCUGGUGUUGACUCUGAGGUGUCUAGACAGCUGA